UUGUGUAUGACCCUAGAUGUCACUCCCUCCAAAAACAAGUGAGACGCCAUGGUUUGGCUCCAAAACAAGAGGGCGCUGCUUGCUCCCAAUAGGCAUCUAUGAAUGUAGGCUCUGAUGCAAGAUUUCAGACUUGGCGCAUGUCUCAUGAAGAUCCGAGCACGAUGCAGCCAUUCACUGACUCUGUUCAGUUCUGACGCACCACCAACACAUAAAUCGCACAAAGGGUGCAAAUUGGAUUUUACCUUCGUCAUCAGCUUGCACUCCAUCUUCGACUCUAAUCUUUCGUCUCAAAAUGGGCAAUCAACCGAAAAUCGACGUACUCCAGGCCGAGGUCGACGAGAACGACCAAAGCUUUUUCCGCCUGUUAGUUGACGGUCGGGCCGUCAAAUACAUCACCGUUGAACCUGGCCUCUACAGCGUCGAAGAUAUGUGCUUCGGCCCUUCACUCAUCUCCAUCUUGCCCGAACUUCCCCCGGGAGACUGGAACGACGGUUUAGUUGCCAGGGACGCCAACGACGGUCAACCGCAGUUCGCAUACGCGAGGCGGACUCAAUUCCCCGGCGUUCGAAAUACGUGGCAUGGGACGUACGUCGAUUACAUGGAUCUUUCGAUCGGCCGGAAACUCCGGAUGGGAAUUUACGAAGUCAAGUGUUCAUCAUUUGACAAUGUCGUCGUCGCCAAAUUCGCCCGUUUCCCCUGGGAGAUCCAAUACAUCGAAAACGAGACGACCGCGUAUCAAUGGAUAUCUGGCCAUGAUAUUGGGCCACGAUUUCUGGGUCACUUGACUGAACACGGCCGGGUCAUUGGGUUCUUGAUGGAAUAUAUACCUAAUGCACGGCAUGCUGGGGCUGAGGAUGUUCAGUCCUGUAGGGAGGUAUUGUCUCGGCUACAUGGCUUGGGGGUUCGACAUGGAGAUACCAAUCGGUUUAAUUUCCUCAUCUGCAAUUCGAAGGCCGUGUUGAUCGAUUUUGACACGGCGAGGAAAUGCGACGAUCCUAACGUGCUUCUGCUGGAGGAGCAGAAUUUAAGCGCGUGUCUGGAAGAUAUUUCGACCAGAGGGGGAGGCGGGCUUCUCUGAAAAGUGCAUAUUGACACCAUGACGAUUAUUAGUGAGGGAAAGUAGCGCUGUACGUAUUUUGUGUUGCUGGAUAUUCUAUGAUGCUUGUCGUGUCUUGUUAUCCUUGAAAGCAAUUCGUGUUCCCCGGAGUAUUAGACUCAGCCAGCCUCCAUAUCUUACAAAAUUUCGGGAUAAUAAUGAUAAAUAUUCAAAAGAAUCUAGCAAAAUAUUACAGUAGUUACCAGAGAAGACUGAUCUUUCACUCGAGUUUAGAAGCUACCGUAAUCUAAAGUAAUAAGGAUCAUUUCGAAUCAAUAUCCAGAAAGAAGUCAAGUCUCUAUCCCAGAACAUUGGAGUACAUCACUUAGGAAGGGAUUAUAGGACAAGGAGGAUAGUAUUUUGCCUUCCAGACACUCUCGCUAGUAAGUAGGCCAGGGCGAAUUGGUGGAG